AUGAUAUCCGCUACAAGGAGAUGGCUGCAGCGAAACCGCACGGGUGUUGCUAUUGGAGUUGGGGUUAUUGGGGUCGGCUACGUUGCAGGCCAAUAUGUGCUAUCGAAGAUUACCGAGGCGAGAGAGCGUAUGGCUGGUAACCGCAUAGCUAAAGAAAACUUGCGCCGACGAUUCCAACAUAAUCAGGAAGACUGUACUAUAACUGUCCUCGAGUUGUUACCUACUGUGGCAGAGAAUAUCAUCGAAGCUUUGCCAUCAGAGAAGAUUACACAACAGUUGCAGCAGAAAAAGGCAGAGAGGUUGGGUAAGAGCGCCGGCACGUCCGACGCAGCGCCAUCAGAACUCUCGUCAGGGACCCCAAUUGCAGCAGAUGAAGAUGGAAGAAGCUUAUCGAGCUUCCAAAGCGAAGGCUAUGUCCAUGCUAGUCAGUUGCGAGCUUCCAGCUCUGGCAACGGUGAAUCAAGACCCCCUUCGAGCAAAGCACAGCUGUGGAAUGAUCUCAAGAUCAGUUCAAUCACGAGAUCAUUCACUUUACUAUACACAGUCACUUUGCUGAGUUUAUUGACUCGCAUUCAACUGAACCUCCUGGGUCGAAGGAACUACCUCUCGAGCGUUGUAUCUCUUGCUUCACACCCGCGGCACGAUCCUACAAUCAGCCUAGAGAAUCACGACAACGAUAUUGUUGAACGAGCAUAUGGCAACGAUUUUGAGACAAAUCGCAAAUACCUCACAUUCAGUUGGUGGUUGCUGCAUCGAGGAUGGAGAGAAAUUAUGGUGAAUGUCGAGGAUGCGGUCAAAGAAGUCUUUGGCUCUGUAAAUCCGAGGGAAGACAUUCCCCUCGAGAGAAUAUCAAGGCUGAUACUGGAUGUGAGAAAGGCAGUAGAAGGAGCAUCUCCUGAAGAGCGGAAGACGCGCAAGUGGCUCUCGUUUCUUCUCCCGCCCUCUAAUCAAGAGGAAUCUAUCCUCCAAGAGUCCGGCAUGUCCACCCCUCCAAAGCCGCCACAAUCUCCAAGGGUUCAAAACCCCGCAUCUAUGCCUUCUCCCCUGGCCUCUCCCCCCUCUGUCUCAACAACGUCUCCUCCUCUCCGCCGCCUGCUUGACGAGACAUCUGAUCUUAUCGACUCUCCGAUGUUCAGCCACGUUCUCACGCUUCUCCUUGACGCCACUUUUUCCUACCUCGUAGAUAGGAAGCUUCGCUCUGAGGCUUACAAACUCGCACCUCUGACUCCCACGCCUAUUCCAGAACCCAGGAUAACCGAGGUCAGGGAUCCUGACCCAUUGACUGCCUCGGCGAAACUUGCUACAAUAUUAGCCGUCAUAACGAGGGAAGCGCACAAGAUCGGCAAUGGGGUGCCGAAUGAAUAUGUGCAGGCGAUCGAGGCUGUGAGCGAGCUUGAAGCGUUUGCAGCGGUAGUCUACAGUAGUAAUUUUGAAACUGAGGCCGGGGUUGAGACCAAUAGUACGCCCGAUGCUACGGCUUCUGGAGGCAGAGAUGAGAAAGCAGGAGGUGGAAAGGGCGGAGAGGACGAAAACGGCUCGGGAAGUAUGUCUGCUGCCGAAGUGGAAGAGGUUGUAAGGGUUGGAAAAGGAGGAGGCACCAUGGACAGGGCUACUGGAGUAAUCGAUGCUGCAUGGGGAGGAUUCGAGAACGUUUGGAGUAAGGUAAUAGGGAGCGGUGAGUCCGCAAUGAAGGGGUGA